CGCCAAUUGGUGGCCAGGUUCUCGUUCUAUCAAAGUUGCCCACCAUCGACCAGUUUCCACUUACCGGCGGAGAAUGUUGCGCGCGCGACGAAGAGGAAGACAUGUUGAACUUUAUGGAGCAUGUGCAGAGUGCAUUCUAUGAAGCUUCUCAUUGGAAUGUGGACAAUUCGUACGGGGCGCUGAACGCAAGUGCGCGUGCAUUGCUCGACUUCCACCCGCCGAAAGGGUUGAGAUUGCAGCUAUCCUCUCUUGCCGCGCCGAACUUCGCAACGUCGUAUACCCUCGGAAAUGUUGGUGUUGUGGAUGGUUCUGUGUCAUACCUGUACACUUCCUUACCGUUGAGCAGAAAGUUCAAGAGUGCUGAGCUUGACCUGCACCAUGUCAUACGGGGAUAUAGACAGUUGCAGGAGCUGAGGAAACCAGACGAAAGCUGGUGGUGGGAAAUAUGGCACGGCGGCGAGCGUGUCGAUCGCAGAGACACCUUGCUCUAUGGCCGCAUCUUCUUGCCCCAAUCGACAUUGGAAGCCCUGUAUCUACGCCGCCUGUCGCCCACCCGACAACUGAAAGUGACUGCGGUGAGCGAUUCAACACUCAACAAUGGAGGCACCAUUCUCGCACUGCUGCAGAACGACUACGGCAAAUACAGCACAGAAUACUUGUACAGUACGGAUUCGGCCCUGAUGGGUAUACGAGGCCUCUACAAUUUCGGACCGGACCCCAGACUUGAGCCCACUGAGCCAACGACAGCUCAGGAAUUGUCCGAACCCAUCCACGGUCGCUUCAGCGCAGGGGCAGAGCUGUAUUAUGGCCUAUUGAACAAGAGCGGCGGGAUCAGCACCGGCUUACGGUUUGCAACUCUACCAAACCACGCCGGUUUCCCGUACACAAUGACCCUGACAAUGAACCCCCUUAUGGGUAAUCUUUCCUCCACCUAUUCCGUCAAGGCAGGCCAACACGUCGCCCUAUGCUCCCGCUUCGACUUCAAUUUCUACUCCUAUGAAAGCGACCUGCAGCUCGGCUGUGAACUGUGGCGACGCCGGAGCAACACCGACGUGGAAUGGGCGACUAAGAAAUUACGGCCUGGCUGGGAGCGUCCUACUGUGGCGCCUGAUGAUGACGUCUCCGGCAUACUCAAGGCGCGCGUAGACCAGAACUGGCGAAUUGGAGUGCUAUGGGAGGGAAGGAUCAAGGAACUUUUGCUCACCAUCGGUGCGAGUCUCGACCUCAAGAAGAGGGAACAGAUAUUCCGGGCCGUUGGUAUCGAGCUGCAGUAUUCCUCGUGAACGAAAACCGCAAACGCACUGCGGGGAUGCGUGCAGGCCGCCUUAUGCCUCAACAAUCUGCACGCUUGUCUCGACCUUCCUCCACGUCGAGGACGGGACCAGCACAAUG